AUGCGAUGCGCGAGCAAGGCCGCCGAGAGCGCGUCCGCACGUCUCUGUGCGGACGCCGAAGCAGAAACCGCAGCAACUGAUGUCUCAUCGGUUGCUGAAGCGACCCAGCCUGUGUCACCUGGUGAUGCAGGCGCUGGUCAUGAAGACACUCAUGUCUUCACAGAGUAUGAGCUCGGUGUCUCAUACUCUCCUGAUACGGAAGACGGAUCCGUAUCGACGGCGAUUGAAUCUAAGCCGCCUGCCAAGCGUGGCAUGGAUGAUGCAAUGCGUCGUAGCAUCUUUGGUUCAUCUGAUGAAUCAGAUGAACCAUCGCCGAAGCGAAGGCGCUCGAGGUCGCGAGACUCGGGCGCUAAUAGUGGUGUCGGUUCUCCUAUUGACACCACUUCACAACGAGGUGCCAGUCCUUCUGUCGGCACAUCGCAGGAAGAGCGGGACCGCAAUAUGUUGCGUCUCGCUCCAGAAAAGAAGGCAUGGAUGCCUCCUAAAUCUGUCAUGGAUCACUUGUCGGCGACGACGAGUGAUCGUUAUCGAACACGAUUGUUCGAUUCGUCAAGGAUCCAUCACCUUGACCCCAGUGCGAAAAACUAUCGCGCUGAACAUGAAUUCUUCAUCGAUGCUUUCUUUAGACAUCGAUGGUACAGUGGGAAUCACAAACGUGAUGGUCCCGCACUGCUUCAGGCGUGGAACGCCUACAUCCAUAACCUCGAGGAUGUAGGUCGUGACGCUUGGAACGACAAACUUAUCAAAGCUCGUGAUAAGUUUGAGAAGCGAACCCCUACAGGUGCACGCUACAAGCUGCAUCGUCUAUCAAGGGAGAAAGGAUUACCCUGCCUCUCUUGGGGAGACUCGUGCCCGUGUUGUGUGAACAACUCUGCGCGCGCACCUAAGGAGGCUUACCUCCCUAAUAGCCCGUGGUGGCGCGUACGUAUCUCUAUUGAGAUGUACGAAGGGAUUGACAACUUGAAAUCCCUUUAA